AUGGCGUGGGAAUGGUUUUUAGUUGAGAAGUUUACCUUGAGUCGAAACCAGGUCCCAAACUUACUAGUACAAAGUAUAAGAAUCGAAAAAUCGCCAGAGAUAUCCUGUGCAGACUUUAAAGAUUGGGUAUUAGAUCUGAACAUCACAAUCACCGUAAACAGGAACAUAUGUACAACUUUCUCGUUAAGUAAUUAUCUUUUUAAAAAAAAGAAAGAAAAUAAAAACGAACGAAGAAAAAAAAAAAAUUAUUUAGAUGUUAUGGGCACGAUAAUCGGCAUUCUCAUUCUCGGCCUGACAUUGGGUGCUUUUUUUACCGGCUUUGGUGUGUUUCUGUGUCUAGACAGAAUUUGGAGGAGGGAAAUGUGGAUGAAGUGUUGUUGAAGAAGAGUGGGAAGACAACAUACAAGAUCAGUUGAAACCCUUGCAUUAAGAAACCUCUCUACCACAAAAUCCACUACUUCCUCAG